AUGUUUGCUGAAGAAGAUGGCUAUGUUGAUUGCUUUGAAUGCAUAAAUGCAUUUAAUGAGUACCAUAUCUUGGUUAUGGUUGAUUCUAUGAGAAAAUUUGUUGUUGACCUUGUUCAUCUUGUAUCGGGUGACACAAAUAGCAGCUCUCCCGGUGCAAAAGAAGUUAUUGAAAGAAUUGAUUUCUACCUCAACAAUAUUUGCUCUGAGGCCCUAGGAGAUCUACUUGAAGAAUUUGAGAUCCAAGAAUUAAUCUAUGAAUAUGCUCAAGAUCAUGAUGAACGUCUGAUGGAAGAAAUUUGUGUUAGACUGGGUAUUGUAACCAACUUGGAUGAAUCUUCUAGUCAAGCCCAAAACACUCAAGGUCAAGCCACAAGUGCUCAGAUGCCUGAAACUAUAGAGGAGGCAACAAUUUUAUCUUGGUCAACUAACUUUCUUGAAGAAAUGUUAGAGAAUGUGGAUGAACUCAUAUGUCAGCCAAAUAAUAUUCCAAAAGAAGAGAGAACUCUGCUUGUGAUUUUAUCUGAUGCAUAUCCAUUGACUGAAGAUGAACUAUAUGACUUCUUUAGCCGCAACUACGGAGAAGUUGAAGAAAUUGUUAUAGAGGAACCAAGACUAAGGCUUGAUCCGCUUUGUGCCCAUAUCAUAUUCUCCUCAUCCAAUACACUAUUUAGUAUCCUCGAUGGAGAUAAGAGGGUCCACUUUAUCAUAAAAGGGAAAGAUGUGUGGGUUCAACGUUAUGCUGAAGAUAAGAGGGCCCACUUCACUAUAAAUGGUGAAAGUUUAUUCUAUUGGGGAUAA